AGCACUUGUUGUGUCUUGUGGUCACUUUGGAGCCAGAUAAGCGUUGACGGAAGACACUGGAUUUAUUUUUAAUACAAUAGAGAUUUUUCAGCAUUUAACAGUACUUUCUCUCAUAUAGGCUGUAUACCAAAACAUUACUUUUCUGAAAUACAUUUGAGUGUUGUCGCCUGCGCAUAGCCGUCGGACCGGCCUAUUCGGCAUUGUUUUUUGGGGCGACCGUUAUCCAGCAACAGAGCCAGACAGGAAGAGCGAGGGAACUUAUUCCACGAGCCUCUUUAGACCGACCGGAGAUAAAUCGAGGAAACAUUCGUAAUUAGAAACAGUUACGUAACCUGGUAUAGGUGGAACGUCACGGAUACGUCUGGUAUCCAACAACAAGUCAACUUUCAGCCUGUCAUUAUUUUAUUUUUGUGAUUUUAUACGGAGAAAAUUACCGUCCGUGUUCAUGCCAGAUCUGCAGCGCUUUAGUUUUCCAUACCAUAGUAUGAAUCCUUUGUUAGAGGCGAACUCGCUUCUCCAACAUCAACAGCAGCAGAACCAAGGAGGACCGAGUCAUCCGGAUUCCCCCUCAGGCCUUCUACCCGAAGCCGUCUUCUGCUCGCCAGACCCUACAUCUUUCUUCCUGGGCGACCAUCCCGGACUGGGCUCGGAGUCUCUGCCAGGGUUCGAUUUCACCACGCCCUCACAAGCUUACCUGCAUCUGAACCAUAAUAACCACUCUUAUCAUCGGUCUGUGCCCCAACCUCCUGCAGCGAUGGCCCUGAGGAACGACCUGGGCUCCAAUAUCAGUGUCCUAAAGACUCUGAACUUACGGUUCCGAUGCUUUCUGGCCAAAGUGCAUGAACUUGAGCGAAGGAAUAAGAUUUUGGAGAAACAACUACAACAGGCGUUGGAUGCGAAAAACAGCUGUGAUGGAAGUUGUUCUGAAAGCGCUAGACGGGCCCAUACCCAAGAAACAGGUGUACAGACCGGGUUUGUGGGAACUAUCCCGCUCAGGGCCGGGUCACUCCCGUUCCAAAACACCAAUAACUCUGCGAGACGACCCACUACCCUCUUCACACCUGCCCUCAACACUGUCCUCACGCUUGAGUCCAAGAACAAAGCUGAAACAACCCCCACCGAACCGAAUCAUAAUCCGACCAUCACAGUAAGCCUAUCAACCCCGACAAUCGACUCUCCAGCCGGGUCCAAUUCAAUCACCAACGGGAAAACUGUUUUCAGUACUGGCACUGGAACCCCCACCAACCCGCCUCCCCGGUUCCUCCCCGGUACUAUCUGGUCCUACAACCAUACCCGCAAGCUUGCUUCUGGCGUGGAGACGCGCGUCACCAGCCCCGGUGUGUCCUGGGUCCAGCCGGACGGGGUCGGGGUCCAGAUUGAUACCAUUACCCCGGAGAUCAGAGCCCUGUACAACGUCCUGGCCAAAGUCAAGAGGGAGAGAGACGAGUACAAACGCAGGUGGGAGGAGGAGUACACUGUCAGAGUGGACAUGCAGCAGAAGAUGGAAGACCUACAGGAGGACCUCCAGGAGAGUGAGGGCUGUCAGGAUGAGUUGGCUGUCAGAGUGCAGCAGCUGAAGGCUGAACUGGUGCUCUUCAAAGGCCUCAUGAGCAACAACAUGUCUGAUCUGGACAGUAAGAUCCAGGAGAAGGCCAUGAAAGUGGACAUGGACAUCUGUAGACGCAUCGACAUCACUGCUCGCCUGUGUGACGUGGCCCAGCAGAGGAACUGUGAGGAUGUCAUCCAGAUGUAUCAGGUCCCUAACACCCAGUCUGCCAUCAACUGUCGCCCUCGGAAACAGACCCCGCUGUCCGUCAACAGUAGUGAGGGUGAUGAGACUAUCAGCACCUCGGAGAGCGAUGGGGGCCUGCCCAGAGAGGAGGAGCUCUGUGGCUCGUCAGCCAAUCAGAUCAACGAGGAAAUGCAGAGGAUGCUCAACCAGCUGCGGGAGUGUGAGUUUGAAGAUGACUGUGACAGCUUGGCCUGGGAGGAGACAGAGGAGACUCUGCUGCUGUGGGAGGACUUCCCAGGAUGCACUCUGGCUCCAGAGACCACCCACCAGCCAGGAGAGCAGGAAGACCAGUGUCUGGAGAAGGUGAUUAACGACACUGAGGACUUAUUCAAAUCCAGGGAGAAAGAAUACCAAGAGACCAUCGACCAGAUUGAGUAUGACUUGGCUACAGCUAAGAGUGAUAUGAACCGUCACCUACAUGAAUACAUGGAGAUGUGUUCUAUGAAGAGAGGCCUGGAUGUGCAGAUGGAGACCUGCAGGAGACUCAUCACCCAGAGUGGGGACAGUAAGCCUGGCUCUCCUGUGGCUGGUGAGGAGAGCGUUGACCAGGCUAAGAAGGAAGGGACAACAGCGUCGCCUCUUCUCUCCAACUCUCCUCCCAGAUCAUGACCUAUCAAGACCACCUCCAUCACAUGACCUUCAUACCAUCCAAGCACUGUACCACGCAACACUCUACCGUCACUAUAGCAACGCCAUGUUUACAUUCUAAACACUAGAUGCGUAUUAGUCUAUUUUAAAUUUUCUUCAUGCUAUCUUCAUUCACAUACCUCAAAAUAGGAAAGUGGCAGAUCUAUCUGUUUUUAGCUACGGUGUAGUGUUGUGUGUUUCCAACAGCUUUUAGUCCCCUCGACUGGAAAGUGGUAUUACUAGCACCAUGGAAGUCUGUACAUAAGAAUCCACUGUUUAGCAGAGCAAAGGUAACGAGGUAAUGGAUUGAAAUACACAACUUGAAUUGAGAAUACCUCAUAGCAACGUAUGAGCAAUAUUUGAAUGAACUCAUAUGAGUUGUAGGCUAGCGUGUACUCUUAAGGUAGUCGUUGGUACUACAGAGAACCAUGGUAAUAACUCCUAUAGCAUGAUCCAUUUCCACACAGCCAUAAUGAUAAACACGCCACACACCAAUACAUUCAUGAUAGACUAGCAUAGCAGAUCAUUCUAACAGUGUGCUUUCCUGUUGCAACAUUGAGGGUUGUUUUCAGACUCAGUCAAACUCACCUAGAAGUAUAACACAGUAAAUAUAAGCCUUAGGGUGUGUUCGUAAAUUCACUCUGGAGUGCCAGAGUGCGCUCUGUGCGUUCGUAAAUUCAAAGCUUUGUCAGAUUGUCCGUUGGUAAAUUCAGCGUGUUUCGCUCUUGGAGCGUCCAUAGCGCACGCUGAACGCUCCGGCCGAGGAGUAGGGUUGAUCCGAGCCUUCUGACCUCAAAAUGGCAGUCAAGCACCCAAGCUAACUGGCUAACGUUGGCUAGCUUGCUAGCUACUUCCAGACAAAAAUGAGAGCACCUGACUCUGACC